GAAGAAUCUCGCUCUAGGGCUUGCGCGUCAUUAUCAUGGCGAUGUUAUUUACAUGAUAAAAUAUUUUGGAUGGUCCACACAUUCAAUCGCUGGUAUUAGAUACCAGCGAUUGAAUGUGAUGAAUCGGAUAGACUUUUGGCGUCAGCUUGUGAAUUGUUAAUUAUAUUUUUUCAUUAAUUUUCUAUGAUACCGGCUGGAGUUUAAAAACUGUAAAAUUAUAAUACAUGCCAAAUAUGUCACUAGAAUGCUUGUCAAAACUUGUGAUGACUUCGACAACGUCUGUACAACAAAGAAAACAUUCUAAUUUUAUUUCAAACAUUAAGAUAAAUAAGUAUUUAUGAACAAUUAUUUUAGAAGUAUUCUAUAACUUAUUUAUUGAAUUAAGAAGUAAUAGUAUUUGAGCCAGAAAAUGUCUUCGUGUAGUUCACAAGAGACUGACACUACUCAAGCCCCUAUAAAAGAAUUAUACCAACGUACCAUUUCGACUUCAUCAUCUGAACCUCCAAUGGAGCAGUGGUCAUCUCUGUUCGAGAUCGAAGCACCAGACGCACCUAAAAUGGUUCUGUUCAAGCAAGGCUUAUAUGACCCUGGCAGUGGCGAGAUAUGUGCCAAAUACAUUCCACUAUCAGACAGUUCGGUAUUCAGACAUGUCUAUUACGCUUAUCCGGCUAUUAAAGAUCCUGGAAUAGAAGGAGCUCUGUUGCAACCAGAGAAAAGAAAAAUAUAUCCUCGCGAUGGUCAAGAGUUGUACUUAGAUUUGUGUAAAGAAAUGAACAUUGUUCCCGUGAGGAUCUUCUAUAGAGGGCUGCUUGAAAGAAAUAUAGAUUUAAAGUAUUAUUGUGUGAACCCAGUUGGAGUGAGGGCAAUGAGCCUGGCUCUCCUGCGAAAUACAGCCGUCAAACACCUGGACCUGACCUCCAAUUUCUUGAACGAGGAUGCCUGCUACCACCUCGGGCAACUGCUGGGGGAAAACGUCACGCUGCAGGAGUUGGUGCUGUCCAGCUGCAAGAUAGAACCUGUAUGUCUCAAACGACUCGUGUGUCGCCUCCCUGGGAGGAGCAUGGACCUAUUGGACUUGUCAAAGAAUGGCAUCGGCGACCAGGGUUUCUUCUAUCUCACCGAACAGAUCAUCAAAGGUGCUGUUAUAAAAAGGUUGAGCCUGAGCAACAACGAGCUGGGCCCAGAAUCUGCUUUGGCACUGUGUGAAGCCAUUGAAGGAAACAACAAGUUCACGCACCUCGAUUUGUCUUGGAACAAGCUAUUUCCUCCUAAGGGUAUAGGUGACCUUCUUCGCAUGCUCGGUGACAACAAUGUCUUAGAGGAGUUGAAUCUGUCAUGGAACGGUCUGACUGUAGCCCAGCCCCUGAGGCGGGUGCUGGCUAUACCCACACUCAAGGUCUUGGAUCUUAGCAAUAAUAGGUUAUCGUCCGCAUCAACCCGGGUGAUAUGCUCUAGUCUCCGGUUAGCCCAGAAGCUUGUCACCUUGGACUUGUCCAACAACCCGCUGACUUCCAACGACGCCCUGCUUCUGCUGGAGAAGAUGAAGGAGUCGGAUGUGGUGGUGCUGAACCUGUUUAUGGACAACAUCACUGUCAACAAAGAAUUUGCUAUGAUGCUUCCGGAGGUUUUGUCACUGCCGCAUCGAAAGGCCGUCAAGAUUACCUACGGGAAAGUGAUUCAUGACUAUACAUUAUCAGUACCUGAUUUACGAGAAAUCGUCAUGAGAAGGCUCUUCUAUAUAACCGAUUCCUCGAAGAGAUGUACCAUGGACAUGCCAUGGAACACAGCCUGUAGUUUGCUAUUAAAUCGCAAGAUGAGGAUGGUUGGUGUGGCAGUUUAUACUGCUGUACCAGCUAUCUUCGCGUUAAGACUUCAUCACCACUUAACAUCAGUGUCUAUUUCUUAAAAAUGCUGAAGAAACGAGACGCAAUUCAAGUGAGAGAGUUUAUGCGCGACCUGAAAGUAUCCGGCGCUCCCUUAGACGAAGGUUUAGUGGAGGAGCUGGCUAACUGUUUCCCGGGUCCAAAAACCGACAAAGGCGGGAAGACCAUAAACCUUGACAAAGUAGCGGAAUUUGUGCAUCGAAUGUGGCCAGAUGCUAAGGCACCCGUCACACCACCACCGGAACCGGAUGUGGUUAAGAAAAAGAAGGGUAAGGGUAAGGGUAAGAAAAAGUGAAGAGAAUAUAAUAAUAUUAAAUAAUUUAUUAAUAUGGUAAUAAUUUAUGGGUAUUUAUUAUUGCGG